AUGCCAUACGCCCUGCGAGCAUCUCGUUUUCUCGCGUACGGUCCGACAGAGACUCAACGAUGGCUCCGUUGGCAAGCCAUCCGGAAUUCGAUCAUAACUUCCCGCUGCGGCAGAUAUCUCAGCUUGAACAAUGUACAUAAUCGAGAAACCGGAGCCCCUUGUCAACUCUAUCCAGGUACAACUCGCUUAAGCAAGGCAUUAAUAGGCAGACACACUUGUCAGAAACACAACGUUGCAGGGUCAGGCGUUUAG